AUGGUACAAGAUGGUUGCGGAUCAAACGAUUGGCAGCGACAUGACUCUCGACAGUCAAUUCCUAUUAGUGAUAUGGUCUGCAGUCUACAACAGAACAGCGGACCCUGCUUUGCCUACGACCCGAGAUGGUACCACGUUAACGGCUUGUGCCAGGAGUUCGUCUGCGGCGGUUGCGGAGGGUACCGGAACAACUUCCAGACGAGGGAUGAAUGCGAGCGGAAGUGCAUAGUGUGCAACCUCCCCGCAGAAACCGGGCCCUGUCGUGCUGCCUUUAAAAGAUGGUACUAUGAUAACGGGGUCUGUAAGACCUUUACGUACGGCAGGUGUGCUGGCAACGAUAACAGAUUGGAGUCGACACAUGCUUGCAAGAAGGCAUGCACGAUCGAACGAAAUUAUUCGUAA